AUGAAGAAACCGUGUAUUGAAGCAGAUUUGGUUCUGACCUUGAUACCUUUUCUGGAAAGCACAGACCAAGACAUGUUGCUUCAUGCUGGGAGGGCUAUUGGUCGCAUCUGUUAUGAUAAUCGUGAUCUUCAGGAAGAGCUGGUAAAGGUAGGAGUCAUCCCAUCACUGGUCCGAAUAUUGACUGAUCACGCAGAGAGUGAACCACUUGUCCACGUUGACCUAUUGGCCUUAUGCAAUCUUGCAGACCUUGAUACAGCUAAGGAAGCUCUGAGCAAGACAAAGGUUGCUGAACAGCUGGUGAAACAACUGAGAAGAGCAGAGAACCAUGAGAGGUUAGAAAUCAUCUUUGAGGUCCUCCAAGCGCUUGCAGAAAAUGAUGCUCUGAAAGUUCAGCUGGUGGAGGCAGGUGUGCAAGAGGUCCUGUCCGACAUCCUGCUGAGGCUCCAGGGCAGUUCACAAGCUGAAGACACAUGCGUUGUGAAGGCCACAUCCGAUCUCAUCGUCUCUCUGCUUCUUGGAGAUGGCAACUGUGUACGAAUGGUACAGGUGGGAGUCAUACAUCAGCUUCUGGAUCUUUUGGAAAAACACGUGGAGAGUGAAGACAUCUCUGUUCAACAUGCAGCACUCAGUGCACUUCGAAACCUUGCUGUCCCAGUUGUUAACAAGGUUCAAAUGCUGGAGGAAGGCGUGGCAGAACGGAUUCAGGCACUUCUACGGUCAGAGAUGCCUCCUGCGCAGUUUAAACUUCUUGGAACACUACGAAUGUUAGCAGAUGGCCAAGCUGACGCGGCUGAAAUUUUGGGCCAAGACCCCAUGCUGCUGAACAGACUGGUGCAGUGGUGCGAUGUCAGUGACGACACCGACGUUUGUGGAGAAGCAAAUCGGCUCCUAGCAUCAAUCUUGCGUCACAACAGAUCCCAAGAAGUGGUCAAAGCAGUGCAGGAAGCACAAGGAGUGAAGCACCUGGUUUCCAUGACCAUGAGCAAACACGAAGCCAUGCAGAACGAGGCUCUGAACGCCCUGGCAAUAGCAUCUGCUAUUGAUUUAGAAACCCUUGAAGAAUCUUUCAAGGAAUCGCAGCUAGUACAAAGCUUACACAAACUUCUACAAGAUGAUAAUACGAGUGCCGAGGUGAAAUAUAAUUCAAUGAGUCUUCUGUGCAGUCUUCUUAAUUCAGGCCAUCUGAGACAAGAAAUAGAAGACAACAAGAUUAAAGAAACACUCGAACAGCUCUGCAGUCACAGCAGUGCAGAUGUGGUCAAGGAAGCUCUUUUAACAUUGCAGAUUUUGAAAGGAGAGUCACCCUACUAG